AUGUCGUCGGCCCGCUCCGUCUUGCUCUCGCUCUGUUCGGCCGUUUUAGUUGUGGCCGGCUUCCUCCUCCGGGCUUUUCUCCGGGCUGCUCUCCACGCCGCCCUCCUCCCCCAGGCCACCCUUGGCGCCGACCCCUUCAUCCACUUCACUUCCAUCGCCGACCCCUUCAUCCGCUUCACUUCCAUCUCUGGGAGUUCAACUCUGAAGAAAACUGAUGAAGAGAGAAACAAGACCCCUUCCUCAGGCUUCUUCUCAGGCUCCAUCGGCCAAUACCAAGACCAGGUCUAUGGCCUCACGCUGUGCCGGGGUGACACAUCGCCAUCGGACUGCAAGGCCUGUGUGGCGGACGCUGGCGCUGAGAUCCGCCGCCACUGUCCUCGCAACAAGUGGGCGAUAAUCUGGUACGAUGACUGCAUGUUCAAGUACCUUGACACCGACUUCUUCGGCCAGAUUGACAAUGCCAACAAGUUUUACAUGUGGAACCUGAAAAACGUGAGCGACCCGGAGGCGUUCAACGGCAAGGUAUGGGGGCUGCUGACCGGGCUGGUCGAGGAGGCUUACACGGUGCCAAAGCUGUACGCGACUGGAGAGAUGGGACUGGAGGAUAAGACGAAGCUGUACGGAUUGGUGCAGUGCACGAGGGAUCUGUCGGCGACCGAGUGCAAGGAGUGUCUCGAGGGCGCAAUCGGCGAGCUUCCGAGCUGUUGCGACGGGAAGGAAGGUGGGCGAGGGGUUGGCGGGAGCUGCAACUUCCGAUACGAGAUUUACCCUUUUGUCAAUGUUUAAGAGUCCUCGCUCAAGGACCUAAAUAAGUGUGGUUUAAUUAUUCCCUAGCUAGGUGU